UGUGACGGGCGAGAAAAAAGUGUUGGGAAAACGAAGAGUCUGUGAUUAAAUUCAAUUAGAGGCACUUGUUCCGAUUUUUACUCCUGUAAAGUGUCAUCGCAUCGUCGCCGUGUCGCGGUGGUCAGUGUGUGAAGAAAGGAAAGUGUCCAGCGGUGGUGUGGUGUCCUCCCGGGGGGGAGUCGUGUGCUGUAAUAUAGAGUGUAUGGUUAAACCGUUUUGAACUGCAGUAUAUCCCGCGGAAGGUGCAUUGGGCAAUAAAUCAGGGGACUGCACUUCUCUGACCCGCUCUUCGGAAACCACCUCAGCCCCAGCACGAGUCGGUGACGUGGACGGUGGAAAAUAGUCGCCAGGCAAGCAGCCCCAACUCCAACAUCCGCAACACACAAACACACCGAUCAUGGAGUCGAUGGAGUACGAAGAAGCGCGGAACAUGACGCUGCUGUUCUUUCUCGAGCGACUGCUCGAUCGAGGCGAACCCCGGACCCUGCACGAUCUGUCCUGCCAGUUUGGGGCACGCGGGUUCACAAAGGAAAUGCGUCAGAUCGCCGGCGGAAGUCAAUCAGGUCUGAAAAAGUUCCUAGCACAGUACCCGGUUCUGUUCGAGAUCAAUGGCGACCUGGUGCACAUCAACUCGUACCAGUCGAGCAGCCAGGAUGACUCGUCGAUGUCGGGCAAGCGGGACUACAUCAAGGAGGCGAAGGACUACUUCAAGCACAAACUGCUGCAGUAUGGCAAGGGGACGGAGGUCCCGAUCCGCAGCUUGCUUGGGCAUCGGAGUCAGGCGUCGCCCCAGGUGCGCCACAUUUCCGGCCAGCACAUCCGCGAGUUCACCGAGUUCCUGCUGAAGCACCCGGACACGUUCCAGGUGAUCGACAACGAGAACGUGGUGCUGGUGGGCUGCGAGGACGAGGAGGAAGUGCCGGCCUCGGAACGGUUGCAUCUGCCAAACUCGUCGAUCGACACCCAGGCCACCCAGCAGCUGCUCGAUUCGUUCGCGCACGUCAUCGAGAUCAAGGGCCCCAUCCUGGUCGACCAGCUGUUCCACAUGGUCACGUCGAACUUCCCGCAGGAGCAGUGGUUCCACAUGUUCAAGAACCCGGCCGACCUGAAGACGUUUCUGAAGCUGUUCUCCGACUGCUUCCACAUCCAAUCGAAUCUAGUCACGCUGCUGCAGAAGCCCCGGCUAUCCGACUCGCACAUCCGCCAGGCGCAGGACAAGCUGAACCUCUCCAACAGCACCUUCGGUGGUGGUGGUGCAAGCCUUGGACACUCCGGGCCCACCCUCUCCCGGUCGGGGGCCGCCAGUCCGCACGGUGGCGGUCUGCACGCCUCGUCGCCGAGCUUUAUCGGCGGGCGGGAUUUGGGUGGCGGUAGUGGCAGCAUCGGCAUGGGCAGUGCCAACGGUAGCAGUAACACGAGCCGGACGGCUUCACCGAAGAAUAUGAUCGGAGAUUUCAAGCUCAACGAGCCGGUGUCGGUGAGUGUCGGCGGGGCCGGCAGCCCCCUGGUAGCCGGAGCGAACAACAGCAAAGGUGAACCGACGAGCGGCUUCGAUAGUUUGCUCAUUACGAACGAUUUCAAGAUGGAAAACUUGUGCCCCAAGAACUGUCCCGUCGUGACGAGCUACUCGAAGUCACUGCAGCCAGCGAGCAUCAAAGGGUCGAUGAAUGACGCGGGGACGAACACUACCACCUCAACAUCUCCGUCACAGGAUGCCCCGUCGAGGGGUGGAGUCAACGAACGACUGAUUAACCAACAGGUGAAGCAAGAACAACAGCAACAGACGCCCAACAUAGCCGGGGUUAACGCGAAGAACCAAACGUUGAAACAGCGCAUCAACAGCCUCGUGAUCAAAACACUUGCCGAAAAUCUGGAGAAGGACAAACAUGCGAUGGGAGCGAUACAGCAGCAAGCGUCCCAACAGCAACAGCAAGUUCCAACGGCGACGACGACGACGACGACGUCUUCGGGUUCACUAACGCCGGGAAGCAACGGUACUCAGCCGGGAACGAUGUCGCCGACGCCACCGGCAAUUGGACAAAACAGUGGCGCAAGUCCGGUGCACUCGAACAACUACUUCAUCGGCGACACGUGGAAGAUUAAGGUGCUGCAAAACACGCGCGUCAUUUCGACCGUCAAGGAGUCACUGUUCGUCACCAACGCCAUCCUGAAGUCGGCCCUGGAAGAGCAGGCGAUCGUAUCGUUCGACUGCGAAGGCAUCAACCUGGGCAUUCGGGGGCAGAUAACGCUGGUGCAGCUCGGGACGACGCGCGGCGAAGCGUUCAUCUUCGACAUUGCCACCUGCCCCGAUAUGGUGGUCGAGGGUGGACUGAAGGAGAUUCUCGAGUCGGAGAAGGUGGUCAAGGUGAUACACGACUGCCGGAACGACUCGGUUAAUCUGUACCAGCAGUUCCAGAUUCUGCUGCGGAACGUCUUCGACACACAGUCUGCCCACGCGGUGCUCCAGUUCCAGGACCAGGGCAAGCAGGUGUACAAGGUGAAGAAUGUAUCCCUCAAUACGUUAUGCGAGAUGUAUAAUGCAACCGUGAACCCGAUGAAGGACCAGCUGAAGAACGUCUAUCGGCGCGACCAGAAGUAUUGGGCGCGAAGGCCAUUGACACGGGAUAUGCUGCUGUACGCUGCCGGGGACGUGCUGAUUCUGAUCAACGAGCAGCUGUACCUCAACAUGGCGACGUCAAUCAAGCCAGAGUACCGCGAGUUGCUGUCGGAGCUGUGCACUGAGCAGAUUUUAAUGCUAAUCCGCCCAGUGGAUGUAAAAAUGCGCAAGAAGCAACGAAAGGUACGGUCGGAAAUACAGGACCUAAAGGUGAAGCUAAAGUCGGCCAGCAAAAACAUCGUCCUGAGUAACCGGGAGAUCCGACUGUUGAGGUACAUGGAUCUAACGGAGGAGGAAAAGGAGAAACUGCGCGUAUCGUACAAGGUGGCCAAGAAGCUGGACAAGUUGGAAAAUUACGACCGCGACCGGUGCGAUCAGAGCGAUUCGGACGACGAGUGCGAUGGGAACGAGCAGGACUACCAAAGCAUUGACAGUGUACCGUCGGACAAUUCGUUGCCGGGGACUGGCACUGCCGGUAGUGGUACGUUCUCGCCGAAGAACUCCGAACCGCCGAGCCUGACCGAGUCGAUGCAGCUGAUGGACGAGAUCCUAUCCAACACGACGAUGGAUCGGAUGGCGAAGAUCGACAAGCUGGAGGCGAUCUUGUCCGCCGCUACCCUGCUACCGAACGAUCAGUCGUUCGCGGACACAAUGUCCAGCUUCAAUGCCAAUACGAUUGUAGUAACUAACGAUAACAUUCUGCAGCCGGCGAAGGAAAAGGAUGCCAGUAAGGGCCGAACGAACAAAUCCAGCUCCAAGAUAGCAGCCCGACUACAACACUCAGUGACGCCGCCGCCACCACUACCGCCAUCUGGCCACGGCCACUACUCCCACCAGGCACCGGCGGUCGCACCACCGCCGAAGGAAAUGAAGGAAGCAGCGUGCCAGACGCUCAGCACGGGCGACAUUGUGAUCACGAAGAUAUUCUUCAAGGAGGACCAGGACAAGAAGGGUGGCCAGCAGCAGCAGCAGCAACCGGCAACACCGACGACGACGCCGGGUGGUGAACUGCUCAAAAAGAAUGGCACCACUGCUUCCGGUGAGAUGAUGAUGGCCGCCACCGGUCAUCAACCGCAAGCUCAAAGUGCCUGAGGGUCAAAGCGAAGACGUGAAGUAGGAAGAGCGGGUACCGAUGGUGGUCGUCUUCCGGCGAAUGGUGGUGGUGGAACUCGACCCCGACGCUCAUCCAGACGCUCGAAGAAUUGAUCGUCGAUAGUUGCAUGUGUUUUUUUAAACGACUUCCAACACCGAAGGAGGGCACUAAUGAACUCACGCAAACAACGGGGAAUUCUUGCGAUUUACACGGAAUGAAUGCCACAGCAUGGUUGAACACCAUUAACUGACCAUUAACCCCUUGAACCCCACACGAAAGCUAGCACUUUCAUUCGUGACACAAUCGUCGUGCGUCGAUCGAUUUGUUGUCUUUAAAUACUAUUUCGAAAGCCUGCGCGGAUGAAGGAAGAGAACCAAUAAUUUAUGCAGUAAUUUAUUAACGGUCAGCCAGAUGUAGAAAAUGUUGUCUCUCCUGCACCAUGCAUGCACACACCCACACACACAUCACCACACCAACCUCAUUACACGCGUAGUACAUAUAACUAUAUUUUUUAUUCAAUAUUUAUACCAACGACGACGAAGACGAUAACGAAACUCUCUUGUAAGGAGUGAAAGCAAACAGUGAAGAAAAGGCUGGAUUUGGUUUCGUAAGGGAAUCACUUGCGAAUCAUGUGUGACCGUUGAGUUUGUGUAUGUGUGUGUGUGUGUGUGGGUUAAGUGAAUUGUGAGAUUUCGGUUCAAUUUGUAUGUUUCUUAUUUUCACAAUUUUUUUUUUGUUUCGUUGAAUUGUAGUUUGCUUCGUAUUCGCGAACGAUUACGGAUUUUCUUCGAUAGUACGGGGAUAAUGUUCCCUUUUAUGGGUGAGAGCUAAUCCAACUAACCAUAGAUAAGUGCAUAUAUUACAUACACGCAUUACGUGCAUUGUAUGAGAAAGGGUAGGAAUUAUAUGUUAAGUCAGCAGAAGGAGACACGUUUAUUGACCGCGAUUUGGGCGAUUGAGGGUAGGGCAGCUACUAACCGCCGACAACACUAUUGGUUCUAGAGAGCCAUUGAUAGUUAACACGACACGAAAUGAAAUAUUAUACACGUUUAUAGGUAUAUACACGAUCUAUACAUAUAUAUAUAUAUAUUCAUGCAUACGCGUUUAAAGGAAUUGAACCUCUAUCACGAAUUAACCGGACGCCGCGGUUAACGCGGUCCCUCGCUUCCCAGCAGUGUAUUCUCACAUGAGUACUCAAGUUUAACAUCCUCCCGCCGUUGGGGAUGCUUUAUACGUGAAUAUUACGUAUAGCGGAAUGUGGGACAUUUUGUUUUUGUGUUUAGUAGUGCAACGAAACUGGAAUUUGAAAGAGAAUUUAUAAAUCCCAAUCAUAGGGACGACCUGCGGUUUGCAGUAAAGCAUAUCGAAAACGGCUAUAGGAAAAUGCCAGUAGAGAUAUGCUGCUAGGCGGCUUAUUAUAUAUUUGUUGAAAGAAAGAGGAUUUUCCCGCUUGUGUUGCGAUUGAACUAACAUUUACACUAACGGACAGAUUAUAAUAGUAGUAUGAUAACAAAGAGCAAAUACUGGUAAUGUGUGUUACAGAUGAAGCUGUAAUAAUAAAGCUCGAGGGCUUAAGGAAAGA